AUGGGUAACGUGGCGACGCGCAAGCGACCUGCCGACAAGGUUUUUUUUUAAAGUUUUCUGUUGCUUUAGUUAUUGGAUUACUAAAACGAGGCUGAUUUUAUCGAAUUACCAAUUUUCAAGCUUGCUUUUUUAACUUUUUUUUAAAAAUUCAGGCAGAUGAACCAGAACGAAAGCGUAUGCGUUUCUCACUUGAACCACAUUAUGAAGAGGUUAUUUUAUUUUGAUUUUGUACUUCCUUAAUUACGUAUGUUCUAGAUCAACAUUUCAUCACGGUUACGUUUCUUGCGUCAGAGACUGCAAGCCCGUAGAAGUGAGUGUAUGAAUAACAAAUAGGAUGUUCAUUGUUCGUUUGCGGCACAUUUUCGGAGAGAAGAUACUGUUUAUUGAAAGGUUAACCGCAUAAAUUAUGACAAUGACAUGAGUUCAAUCUGAACUAAUUUCACAUUUUUGCUCUCCGAAGAAUCAUUUUAUGUACUUAUUUUCAUCUUUCCGCCCCACUUUAUUUUUUUCAUGUUUUUGUCCCAAUCAAGUCUAAAAGCUCCAAAACUAACCUUCUCCGCCACUUGAUCCGCCCAAUUUUCAUCUCUUUCGGCUCGUGAUUGUUUCUGUGCAAAGGUGUUGAAAUAGACGGACAUACGUUUACGAGAGCUUGGCAAACAGUUCACUUUCAUCGAAAUUUGUCCGCUCAGACGCCGUGUCAUGCGAUUAUUUGGGUGAGAGGCAAAACAGUCGCUUUUAGACUUGCCAAUUUUCUCUUGUAUUUGCCUCGAGGAUUUUUUUGUCGGUGUUGUUUUUGCAGGAGCUAUUCCCUUCUUCAGCUUCUUUAGUUUUCGUGUGGGAAUAGAGAGUUAGAGACAUAUAUCUGUGGCGAUCAAUUUAAAGCCUAAAAGAUUGUUCGAUUCUUUUCUGAUAAUUUUAAAGUGUAAAUUAGAACAGAUAUGUAGAGCUGAAAAAGAACUUUUUUCUUUCAAUUUUUUUUAAAAUUUAGUAUCAAUUCCUCUAAUACCUGAGUAUCAUAAGCCAAAAAGAGAAAAAUUUAUUUCCAUACAUGAAUUUGGAAGAAAAAGAAACUGUUUCCUAGUUUUAUUUUCGAGAUGACGGUAGAAGACGUGCACUCCACGAACCUUUUUCGGCCCUCACUCCUUCGAGAGAAGACGAAGUUGAAGAACCCCACACAGGAGAAGGUUUGAAAUGGAACACUAGAAUUUAUCUUUUUUCCUUCUAGUGACUCCAACACCUCUGAAGAAGGACUGUCCUUUGCCGUGGUUUGACGUUUUAUUUCUGCCCGAGUUCCCCACCAGGAGUAUCAUCAACGAGAAAAGUUUCACGGUAGGUGUGAGGGAAUAUGUGUGCGACAAGUUUGAAAGAGAGUGCACUGUAUCAGUAUCUUUUCAAUCCAGAUUUCAGUGUUUUGUUCAAAAAAGUUCACAAAUUAGAUUCGAAAUUCUUGAAUUUAGGUUUUGACUUCUUUAAAAACCCUUUAAAGAAGGGCAUCAAAAUUUUUGUUGCUAGUCGUUAUUUUUAUCAUCAUUGAUUGAAUAUACAUAUUUUAAAACUUCUGUUAUUGUUGCAUCCAUCGUUUUUUUGCGGUAAUUUACAAGGGUUUUAGUUUUGAUCAGUCUUUUUCAGUUGGAGCGGCAGCUAGGUAGAGGCUCCUUUGGCACGGUGUACUGCGCCAGCGCCUUGCACGACUCCCAACGCAAGUUCGCCAUCAAGGUACAGCAGAAGAACGAGGUGAUCAGUCGGCACGCAGUACUGCAGGUGCGGCGCGAGGCCAGCAUCCAGGUGAGAGCCACAAAAAGUCCCCAAAAGUGA